GUUCCAAUAAUCUAAAGCAAUCUGUAAGGACCUGACCUUAGCCCAUUCAGAUCAAUAGGGAAGUAAAGGAGGAAAGCGCAAUCGGAUCGUUUACACUGGCUCUUUCGGAGGAAAUAUAGACUUCCCUGACACUUUGUACUCACUGUAAAUUGGAUAUCGUGGUGCGCACCAAGAGGGCGAUUCGCCGCUUUUUGUGACUCCAACAGACUUUCUCCACAACAAUGUCUUUCCCACAGUUGGGAUAUCAGUACAUUCGACCCAUAUAUCCGCAGGACAGGCAGGGGAUAGGCAGUGUCCGGGCCGGGACAGACCUGAGCCCGUCCGGAGCACUCUCUAAUGUUCUCUCCACUAUGUACGGAUCACCUUUCGCUGCCGCACAAAGCUACGGAGCUUUUCUUCCUUAUUCAAAUGAUCUCUCCAUUUUCAACCAGCUGGGGGCACAGUAUGAAUUGAAGGACAGCCCGGGCGUCCAGCAUCCGGGAUUUGCCCACCAUCAUCCUGCUUUUUACCCAUAUGGUCAGUACCAGUUCGGAGACCCUUCCAGACCCAAAAAUGCCACCAGGGAGAGCACCAGCACGCUCAAGGCCUGGUUAAGUGAGCACCGGAAAAACCCGUACCCCACUAAAGGCGAAAAGAUUAUGCUGGCCAUUAUCACUAAAAUGACCCUCACUCAAGUGUCCACCUGGUUCGCCAACGCCAGGAGGAGGCUAAAGAAGGAGAACAAGAUGACCUGGGCCCCACGGAGUCGCACAGACGAAGAAGGAAAUGUUUACAACAGCGAUCACGAGGGAGAGGACGGCGACAAACGCGAGGAUGAGGAGGAAAUCGAUUUGGAAAAUAUUGACACGGAGAAUAUUGAGAAUAAGGACGAUUUAGACGAGCAGGACGAUCUGCAUUCUGAUUUGAAACUGGACGGCAGGAGCGAUUCCGAAAUUUCAGACGGGUAUGAGGAUUUACAAGGACCGGAGCAAAGGUUGUUCAAAGCUAUGGUGAAAGACGGUAAAGAGAUUCACUGCGAUCGCGCAGAGCUCUUUCACCAUCACAAUCAUCAUCAUCAUCAUCACCACCACAACAACUUAGGACAGGCCAACAGCGAGCCGGUCAAACUCAACCAGCCCAUCAUCAACUCUCCGCCCUCAGAAAACAACCCACCUCCGGCUCCAAAACCUAAGAUCUGGUCUUUAGCAGAGACUGCCACAACUCCAGACAAUCCACGAAAAUCUCCUUCCUCUGCAUCCGCCGCUCAGACCGUCAUCACUCCUCACAGACUCCUUUCGUGUCCCGUAGGGAAAAUCCAGAGCUGGACAAAUCGGGGUUUCACCGCACACCAGCUCGCCUUGCUGAACUCAAACCACUAUUUAGGACUCAGUAACCAGGCUUCGGCGAAUGGCCUUGCGCUGUACAGCAGACAAGCAGAGGACAGGAGUCAAAACUCCGAGUCCCCAGCCAAAGGUACAUGUCACCCACACUGAGAAGCGCAGAGACGUGAGAUUAAUGCUUUUUAUUGACACUAUUAAGACUGUACUGUCAGACUGGAAACACACCAUUCUUACUCCCCUCUGAAUCCAUUUUCAUUUGAUCACUACUGUGAAACAUUCAAGUAAAAAGAAAUACGCUUGAAACGCAAAUGUCUACUGGAGGGUACUUAUUGUUGUUCGUUUUUUUUUUUUUUUUUUUUUUUUUUUUUUUUUUUUUUUUAAAUACUCAAAAGUCUGUCCAAUUGAGUAUAUGGGGAAAGGCUUUCAGUUGCCUUUGGUGUGUUAGUGUGUGCGAAGUUUGAUAUUUCUAGGCCGCAAACUUUUUUCCCCUCAACAACUGCCUGUAAGAUCUUUUUUAAAUAUUCAUUUUUUAUUUUAUUUUAUUUUUUAUAAUGACAAUAUAAUAAUAAUAAAUUGGCGUUUGUUUUAUUUAUUUCCUUGUUGUUGUUAUUGGUUUUAUUAUUUCAGAAAGAUUUAGUGCCUUGGAAGCAGAGAAAAAGUUGUUAAAAAACAUCCUUCCAUCCUGUUCAAAUACAGUAAGAGCAUUGCCUGUCCAUUAUUUUUUUUUACAUUUGAAUAUCACUUAAUGAUCAUGCAUGACUGUCUAGUCACGCACUCGGGUACUUGGUAUACCGUGGUUUAAACAUGAUUUAUAUAUUGUGCUUGUGCAAUAAUAAACCCAUAAUGUCAAACCAAUAAAUCUCCAGUGCUUCGAUGCGAUAUUUCAGAAUGUUGAUUUCAAAACUUUGUUCUCUACUUGCUUGCAGAUUUAGUUUUGUAUUGGCCCCGUGUUUUUCAUGCUUCCCUUCUAUAUGCAAUAGGCCUCAGAACCAACUCGAAGCUGCCAUGGUAUUAUCAUCCGCCCUCUCUUCCUCCUAGGCUUUUCUCUCUUUUACUUUUCAUUUUUACCCGUGUAAGGAAUGUAAAAUAAAAAUAACUCACUUCUGUAUCCUUACAUUGUAAGCAUGUCCUGUGUACCAUGGCUGAUGUUAAUACUGUCAGACCAAUAGUCUGUGAGCCCCAUUUUCUUUUGAAAGCUCUGUGAGGAUUUGAUGUUGAAAUGUUUUGUAUAUAACGUAAAGAAAAUGUAUAUACUUGUGAUCCAAAAUUGUACAAGAAAGUCUAUAUUUUGGCUAAUAAACGAACCGCUGCAA